GGAGGAGAGCCCCCCUCUGAGUCCACCAGCGGCUUCCUCCAAAACACCACCGCAAGCACCCAGCUCUGCCGUCCGACCACUUUGCAAGCCAAGCUCCAAAGCCUCUUCUAAGACCCCCGACAACUUUCCACAAUGGCCUCCUCCAAGCCCUUCCAUGUGGUCACUCCGCUGCGGGUCAGCCCCCACCUCUCCAAAUUGGCUGGUACCAAGGUCUACCUGAAGCUCGAAAAUACCCAACCCACUUGCUCCUUUAAGAUCCGAGGCAUAGGGAACUUCUGCAAAGCGUGGGCCGAAAAACGCUGCAGGCAGUUUGUCUGUGCCUCAGCGGGAAAUGCCGGCCUCGCAGCUGCCUACUCUGCAAAACAGUUGGGGAUCCCGGCUACAAUCUUUGUGCCCCAGUGCACGCCAGCUAUGACUGUGGAGCGCAUGGAAGAUGAGGGAGCCAUGGUGUGCAUGGCACAGACACUGGAGGAAUGCCAAAACGCAGCCCAGGAAAUGGUAAAGUGUAGCUCUGACUCGACCUACGUGCCUCCGUUCGAUGACGCUCUCAUCUGGGAAGGGCACAAGACCAUGAUCACAGAAAUGAAGGAGCAGAUGGAGUCCACACCUGGAGCGAUAGUUCUCUCUGUCGGAGGGGGCGGCAUGCUCUGUGGGGUGAUCCAGGGCCUCAAGGAGGUGGGCUGGGACAAGGUACCCAUCAUCGCCAUGGAGACCUGCGGAGCCCACAGUCUGAAUGCUUCCUUGGAAGAAAAGAAGCUGGUGACACUGCCCGAAAUUACCAGCGUUGCUACCACCCUUGGGGCAGCUACGGUGGCCGAGGAAGCUUUUAAGCUGGCGCAAGAGUACCCCGUCAUAUCACAGGUUGUCAACGACUGUGACGCAGUGGCAGCCGUCGGGAAGUUUCUGGAUGAGGAGAGGAUGCUGGUGGAGCCGGCGUGCGGGGCGUCCUUGGCAGCCAUCUACACCGAGCUGACCAAAACACUGCAAAAGGAUGGUAAACUCCCCAACGAGCUGGAAUCCAUAGUCAUCAUUGUGUGUGGCGGCAACAACAUCUCCAUGGAGGAACUGGAACGCUUGAAGGAGCAGGUGUCCACGGAUAACGGAAUGGGUGAUCUCGUGGAGUGCGAGCUUGCCUUGGCAACAUUUAACAAUCCAUGCAACAUUUUUGCGGCUUCGCUCCAAAAAGCCAUGGGGGCGUGUGCUCAUUAAAACUCACGGCUGCUUCACCCAC